CUGAGUACGGAGUAUUUCUUUCCUAUCACUUCUUCUCCCGAUUCCAAUUUUUAGUUUAGUUUCCAAAAAUCUCUCACCGGCUGACUUUCCGGCCAAAUUCAACAUUCCACUGCGGCUGCCGGAUGAAGUUCUAAGUAGCGCCGGCGACCGUUCAAGGAAGAUCAGCACUUUUACAGCACUAAGAAAAUGGCGUCUACGGACGGACUUGUGCCGAUAACCAGGACUUUUCUGGCUUCUUAUUAUGACAAAUAUCCGUUUUCGCCUCUCUCCGACGAUGUAUCUCUUCUUUGCGAUGAAAUCCGAUCCAUGGUGCGUGAUCUGCAGCAGGACCCUCCCUUGAGUGAGGGAGAAAGUGCAUUGCUUCGAGAAGCAGAAAGUAUCCCACCUCACAAAAUAGAUGAGAACAUGUGGAAAAAUCGAGAACAUAUUGAAGAAAUUCUUUUCUUGUUGGAAAGAUCACAUACAAUGCUUCAGCAAGAAUUAACAUCUCAGAACACUGAACUUGGUGGUGUCCUCUCACGAUUAAAACAAAAACUAGAAAAUACAUUGAAACUAUUGGAAACUUUCCAAGCCAGGAAUUCCGAACAUGUAUUCAACACAGUUAUGACUUACCUGCCUCAAGACUUCCGUGGUACAUUAAUUAGACAACAGAAAGAGCGCUCUGAGAGAAAUAAGCAGGCCGCAGUUGAUGCUUUAAUUAUUUCUGGCGGAAGUAUACGUGAACGAUAUGCUUUGUUAUGGAAGCAACAGAUGGACCGACGGACACAAUUAGCUCAGCUUGGUUCUGCAACAGGUGUUUAUAAGACAUUGGUGAAGUACUUGGUAGGAGUGCCGCAAGUGUUGUUGGAUUUUGUUCGGCGGAUAAAUGAUGAUGAAGGGCCCAUGGAAGAGCAACGAAGUCGUUAUGGCCCACCUUUGUACAGCCUUACUAAAAUGGUGCUUCACAUACGACUUCUUCUAUCUUUACUAUGGAGCCGCUUUGAAGCAGGACAACUACAAGGGGAUAAAAUAUCUAUUCUUGAAAAGGCAGUAGAUGUCUAUACAUCUGAAUUUGAAAGGUUCAUCAAAUUCAUCGGUGAAGUGUUUACAAAUUCUCCAUUUUUUAUUAAUGCUGAGGACUCUGGGGUAUCAGAAGCCAGUAAAAAUGACGAGUACCAGGAAAUAAGUGUUCCAGCAGGCAAAACUCAUGAGGUCUCAUUGAAGGUUGAGGAUAUAAAUUCCUAUAUCGCUUGGGAUUUCUCUUUGGUUCAAGGGAGAAUGAAUCUGGAUGUUGGUUUUAGUAUGGAGUGCGAAGAUACUUCUGGACAGAAAAGGCCAAUCUUACCUUACAGACGCUAUCAAUCUGACCAAGGUAACUUCUGCACAUGCAUGGCUGGAAAUUACAAACUCAUAUGGGACAACUCUUAUUCGUCGUUUUUCAGCAAGGUGGUGCGUUACAAGGUGGACUGCAUUCCUCCGGUUGCAGAGCCGCUUGCUUUGCCAUGAUCUCACAAUCACGAGCAAAGUAGAAAAAAGGACGACAGCUGGAUGAUCUCUCGUGUGAAUUUUGUUAUUUACAGAGUGAAUGAAACUACAUAUAUGUAAAAACUUUACGAGUGUAUCGUUUCGUAUGUCUGCAAAUAUUUGUGGUUAAUUUUAUUCUUCUUCAGAAGCCAUCAAUUUUUUUUUAAUUUAUCAUUUGAUCCAUUUUUGGCUGCCUUUUUAGAAGUGUGUGUUCGUGAAUAGUGGAAGUGAGACACUUGCUGCCUAUUAAUAUAUCCCCUCUCUUAAAGUAUAGUGUUCCUUGG